AUGCCCUCCCCACAAUCCAGGGGCUGCCAAGCACAAGGUGGAGGUGUUAGCAGUGGCUAUACGGUGGGCCAGCUACAGGAGGCUCUGGAGGAACUCACAGAGGUGCCUGUCAGUGCUCAGAAACUCAUCUUCCAGGGCAAGACUCUACGAGAUGAGUCCAAGACACUAAGUGGCCUGAGCAUGAAACAAGACAGCAAACUCAUCCUCCUGGGCAGGAAGGCAAGUGAAAGAGUCUUGAAGACAUACACGGAUGAUCAGGAAGAGCAGUUACGUCCAAUCACAGCCGUACUAAAGACAGUGGACAGUGUGAAGAAAAAACUGGAUGCCAUUUCUGAAGAGAUUGAGGGAAUUGAAAAGGGGUUUGUACAGCGAGAACUGGUGGGGGAAGCAUGUCGAGGUCUGCACAAGAGAUGUGUGGCUGCCACUGAGCUACUCAUGCGGAGUAUGGAGGCACUGGACAGCAUAGUGAGACACUAA